UUAGUCAAUAUGGCGGCAGCGGUAACCGACUUUGAGCCGUGGUUAAAUGAUAAAUUAAAAUCAUUAAAAACCGAUGAAGGUGUGUUUGGAUCUUAUAUAUCAGGAAUUUUAGAAGGCGAAGAUACCAUUGACGAAAAAAGAGAUGCUUUAGAGGGUCUUCUGUCUGAAAUUGUGGAGCAUGAUAUAUCAAUCCAUGUCACUGAAAUAUUAGAAAAAUGGGAAUCAAGUCGCCCUUUGGAAGAAGCUCCCAGACCAGCGACAGAUGUAGACAUUCAGUUAACAAAGAUGUUGGAAUCUCAGUCCCUCGCCACUACCACGCGACGAGAAUACACAGAUGAAGAGAAAAAGAUCCGGGAAGCCAUAUUAUCGCAGUAUAGUCAGCUAUCAGAUAAUGAGGCUGAUGCAGAAAAUGUGGAAGAAACUGAGAGUCCUGACCUAGUUAAGAAUACCAAUGCUUUGGAUGUAGCAGCUGCUGCCAGGGAGCGCCGGGAACAAGCACGGCUUGAUGCACAGCGUAAAAAAGAGAAGGAUAAAGAGGAUAGAGAAAAGCAAAAACAACUAAAGGAAGAAAAGAAGGAAAAGCGCAAAACACAAAAGGGAGAGAGGAAGAGGUAGCAACUUCUUAGUCUACAAAGUGUUGUUAGGGUGCUCCAAAUUACAUAGUAAUAGAUAAAGCUACUAGAUAUUGGAAUGUCUUGGAAUUAUCUGCCUUCAUGAAUUUGUCAAAGUAUUUGUAACUUUAUUGUUAUUAGUACACUCAACAAAAUAAAUAGUGUUGUACAUUGUAGUCUUUGUAUUUUACAACAAUAUAAUUCCAAGAAAUUUUAUUCUUGUAAAAAGUAUGAUUUGUAUUGCAUAGACUUACCAAAUUGCAUUUAUGAAAACUCUGAAAAUGUUUGUAUAAAAGUUGUUCAUGAUUAUCAUUAACUGACAUUGAAUAAUGCUUCAACUUGCAUAUGCAAAGAUUAUCAUUUUGGUAAAUGAUUUUUAUCUCCUGUCAAGAGUUUGUAUUAAGCCAUUAAUUUUAUAUUAUUUGUAUGAUGUGACCUAUAAAUCUAAAUGCUUCAUAUGUUGAUAGAUAAACCAGUUUUUUUGUAACUUACAGUAUUUUGCCUUUGUAUUGUAAUAGUGAAAAAAAAAAUGGAUUGUAGUGCUUUCAUUAUUCUUAAUAGUUGUUAUUUAUUAUAUAUAUACAAUAAUGAAACAUGUGUAAUAUUUUGUAAUAAAAAUUGCAUUUUGUAAACAA